AUGUCUCGUCAGGAGCCCCAUGGGUCCCAGGGAUCACAGAUCACCUUCAAGGUGGCGAAGGAGAAGGCCAACCCAAAGGUCACUCACAACCAAGGUGCUUGUACAUGGUGCAAGUCCAAAAGGAGAAAGUGUGAUGGGAAGUACCCGGUGUGCUCCUUAUGUGAAAACGCUGGUGUGGAGUGCACAAUUAAGGAUGCCACCACUGGGAGGGUCAUUCCUCGAAACUACAUCGAACAACUUGAGAAGAAAGUGGCAGAGCUGCAGAGGAGUGCUGGCACUCCAACCAAGAACAAUUCAACGGAAGCACCGAGAAGAAGGGAUCUUGAGAUGGAGGUUGGUUACAUUACUCUGGGGGCUGGGAGUGAGAGUGUUGGAUACAUUGGUGAUUCUAGUGCUUACUCAAUCGCCAGAGCCAUCACUUCAACAAUUGAUUACUACAGCAAUCCUGCAAAGAACAGCUCCACACCAGAGGAUAUACAGAGGGAGCUGGACCAGAUCCCGUUCGUGAAGCCAUCCUUGGGUAUGGCUUACAACUACCUCAGUGCCUAUUACGACAAUGUUCAGACCCAAUACCCUUUCAUGGACUGGCAAACAGUCACCAGAUGGUUUAGUGAAGUGAUGCAAGAGGAUUCCUCUGAACCUGCUCCCCUAUUCUUCAUUUACAUGAUUUGUGCCAUUGGCUCUCAGAUCUACAAUACAAACACUGCAAAGCUGUACACAAGAAUGUACUACAACAAGUCGCUGGAGAGCAUAGGAUACUUACUGGAAACCACAACAUUGGAAACGGUCCAGGUAUACCUGAUGCUUUCGGUGUUUUCUCAGAAGAUGCCUGAUGCAUCCUCUAUCUGGCAAACAACUGGGCUGGCCAUAAGAACAUCAGUAAUUCUAGGCUUGCACAGAGAACCAUAUAGGAAGAAUAAAGAGGAUAAAAGUCAGCUGAGAUACUGGAUUUUCUGGUCUGCUUAUGGACUGGAGAGGAUUAACGGAUGUGUUCUUGGUCGCCCUUUUUGCAUAUCUGAUAUCGAUAUUGAUGUAUCAUUGCCAGAACCCCCUGAGCCAACAGUUGCAAUGCAUGUUAUCAAGAUUAGAAGAAUUCAGUCUCACAUCUGCUCGUUCAUAUAUCGACCAGUACGUCUAAUCAACUCUGACGAAGAUGUUGACACCACCAGACGGGACAUUGUUCUAGAAUUGAAUGAAUGGAUGUCCACUUUCCCCCAUAAACAGCAUUCAAGUUCGAUGUUCGAGACAGAGUAUUGGCGUGAGAUCACGUACCACAACUCCAUGCUGCUACUACUGAGACCAGUUGUUUUAGAAGUGGCACAGAUGAAGGGCAGAGUUAAUGAUAACAAAUUGGAAUGGUUCAAAGCUUUCACACACUCGGCCUCAAGUAUCUGUCACAACUACAAGGGCCUCCACUCCAGAGGAAAACUCGUCUACACGUGGCUUGGUAUGCACUGCGUGUUUGUCUCUGGACUGUCAUUCUUAUACUGUGCGUGGAUUGACGCUACAAACUGCUUGAAGCUACUUGAUAACAAUCCAGUGCUGUACGAUACAAUCAAUGCAAGCUCCUCCAUCUUGCACGUGUUUGCAGAACGUUUCACUACUGCUGUUGUGUUCAGGGAUACGUUCGAUAGGGUUGUACGCUGUGUGAUGAGUCUCAUUAAUAAAAACAGUCCACAGAUGGUAUCGAUGAGCUCUACUGGCAUUAAAGAAUAUCUUGGGUAUCAGCUAACCACACAACCAAACCCCGAACUCGAAAUGCAUGAGCUAUGGGACUUUCUUGAUACUACUGGUGAUAAGUUCCUGAAGGAUAUAUUUAACGAUAUGGAGGGCGAACUCAAGUAUAUUUAG